AUGCGACCUCGCGCUCCCAGUCUCUCGCGCAGCUUGGCGAGCGGGUGGACCGUGCAAGGCGCUUACGAUCUCGGAGUCCUCAUUGUCGCCAUCAAGACGCACGGCAAGCGCAACCCGGCGAGCGGCAAGAUCGAGGCGCCGUAUGGCGAGAUCUUCGAGCACACGCAGCACACUCUCGAGGCGCUGAACGGUACGCUGCGGUCAGCCAAGCGGCAGAAGAAGGUCACUUUCGAGGGCGAGCUGCUCAUGAUGCCCAAGGACGCCGGCGUCGCGCUCGUGCUGCUCGACGAGGGCGAGGACCAGGACGCCAAGGCCGAGGCGACCCUGCCCUGA